AUGCCUCUUCAACGUGGAAAAGUUGCCUUUGUCACGGGCGUCAAUGGCAUUACAGGAAACGCCAUUGUGGAACAUCUGAUUCGGCAGCCCACAUCAGAAUGGUCCAAGAUCGUCAUCACGUCAAGACGCUGCGUUAGCCAGGCCUAUUGGCAGGACUCUCGCAUCCACUUCGUCGCCAUUGACUUCUUGAAACCUAUCGAUGAGUUGAUCGCGGUCAUGAAGCCCCUUUGUCACGACGUCACCCAUGCGUUCUUUGCAUCAUAUGUUCAUGAAGCCGACUUCACCAAGUUGAGAGAAUACAACGUACCAUUGUUUACGAACUUCCUAACGGCGACUGAUGCCGUUGCCAAAGAGUCGCUACAGAGAGUUUGCCUGCAUACCGGCGGCAAGCAUUACGGCGCUCAUCUUGGGCCGACGAGGGUACCUCUCGUGGAAACGAUGCCGCGCUACGAGGAUCACGGGGAGAAUUUUUACUAUGACCAAGAAGACUUCAUGUUCGACUUGGCGUCGAAGCGCAAUUGGACUUGGAACAUCAUCAGGCCUGAUGCCAUCAUUGGAUUCACUCCAUCAGGGAACGGCAUGUCCAUGGCACUCACGCUGGCCAUAUACUUGCUUUGUUGCCGCGAGACGGGCGAAGCACCCAUCUUCCCGGGAAACAAGGUCUUCUUCCAGACGGCCGAUGACUGCUCGUAUGCCCCUAGCAUCGCCGACAUGAGCGUCUGGGCGUCUACCCACGAGCACACCAGCAACGAGGCAUUCAACCACACCAACGGCGACGUGUUUUUGUGGAAGUAUUUCUGGCCCCAGCUUGGUCAGUACUUUGGUAUGGAUAUCCCGGAGCAAACAGAAUGGGCCGCCCUGGGCGACAACGAGCAACUGGCCAAUAAUUUCUCCAUGCGCGCUUGGGCCAAAGACAAGAAGCCUGUAUGGGAGCGAGUUGUGGCCAAGUAUGGCGGCAACCCCCAAGCAUUUAAUUGGGGAACGUGGGACUUUGUCGAAUGGGGCCUGGGCAAAGCCUGGUCUACCAUUUCCUCGGUUGGGAAAGCACGAAAGUUUGGAUGGCAGCGGAGCGACGACAGCUUUGAGACCUAUGUCCAAACCUUCCGUGCUUUCGAGAAUGCGGGUGUUUUGCCCUCAGUGCCUGUUGCUGACGAUGGCAGGUUCGUGUCUGCGACUCAGAAUGGGGGCCGGGCUGUGAAUCCCCGCGAUGCGGUUCUCUCCCGCCUCAAGAAGGCCAGCUUGAAUGGAGGGCUGAAGAGCACUGAGCCAAAUGGCCUGAUCAAUGGGGGAAGUGACCUUCCUCAGAUGGUGGAAGCUACCGAUGUUGCAAAGCCUCAUGAGCGGGUUGGAUAUAAGAAUGGCAUCACGCAGUGUGCUUAG